CCACGAUAACCCUUCAUGGCUAAGUUUCCUUCCCUCUGCAAUCUUUUAUCCUUUCUGCGUCGGCUCGACCCUUCUUCCUUGUUCAGGAUCCUUUCCGCUAUUGAAUCGUUCGCGGAGGAGAUAGUCCGUCUCCGACUUCACUUGAUCAUUGUAAUGGGGCAGAGUCUGGGUUCCGCCAGCCCAAAACAAUCCAAAGACGAGCUCUUGUUUCAGUUUGUUCUCGCCGGUAACGUCGAGGGCGCCAGAGCUCUAUAUGGACAUGGGGCUAGUCUUGAGUGUACUGACAAAGAAGGAAAUACCCCUCUCAUUGUUGCUUGUAAGGAUUCUGCAUUGUUCUAUGUUGCCAAGGCUUUGAUUGAUCUGGGAGCCAACGUUAAUGCCUAUGGACCUGGUCGAUAUGGUGGUACGCCUUUACAUCAUGCUGCCAGCAGAGGGCUGGAACAGACUGUGCUGCUUCUUCUGUUGAGUGGAGGGAAUGCGUUGUUGAGAAAUGAUGAUGGCCAGACUGCACUUGAUAUGGCUAGAACAAACCAGAAAACAGUUGUAGUCCGUGCAAUUGAGCAUCAUAUCUGCCUUUUCUCUGGUUGGUUGCGAGAGUUUCAUGGUCCAGCAUUUCUGAGAUCAUUUUCUCUUCAGUUGUUGUCAACAAAAGUCUGGGCAGUUGUUCUGCCUUAUAGCACUAGAGAUCCUACAAAUGUCAGAUUGCAGCUUGUGUUAUAUUCCAUUCAGCAGGAUGCCAAACCUUACACUGUAAUUCCUCUUUGGAAUGCCAAAAUUGAAGAACCUAAAUUUGACAAUCCGGAUGCAGGAAUGACUAUAUUCGACCCAUCCUCAAAUUCUCAGCACCAAUUGGCACCUUUCAAGCAGGGCGACAAGGACCAGCUUCGUUGCUUAUACGAUGCAUGCAGAAGAAAUGGUAUCACACAGGUUGGGCCUACACCAAGGCAUCAGCAUAUGGAACAUGUCAUCCCAGAUACCGGAUAUGAAGAUCCUGAAGAAGCUCUACAAUUGGCAAUGGCACUGAGUGCAUCCAUCCAAUCUGCCAUGGAGGACAGGCAACAGCCCCCAAAUAGCCACGACUAUGGUUCUGGAGCUAUUGAUACCAACGGUUGGGGACAUGCACCACAUGCCGAGAGUCACAAUGGAUGGGGGGCCCCUGUAGGAUCUCCACUCUCAGAAGCUAGCAGCAGCGGGCAGGUGCCCGAGAAGGAAGCAAAAGAGAAAUACAAUGGCUGGGAUGUUCCCAGCACUAGGCCUACUGCUGGCAGUCAUAAUAGCCUCCCAGUGAACCAAGUUGUAGCUGUUGCGUCCACCACAGCUCCAUCUGCUCCUCCAGUUCCCACGGAAGCAACCAUGGAUGAAGAAGGCCCUAUCCACUAUCCAUCCAUCGACCUUGGUCCAUUGGAUCUCUCUGUUCCAGCCACCGAGCAGGGGGUUUCGUCUGCAACAAGCAACUCAAAGGAUGAAGGUAGUUCCUCUUCUUCUUCUGCUUCCUCCGUUUGCAUAAUCUGUUGGGACGCUCCAGUACAGGGUGCAUGCGUCCCUUGUGGUCACAUGGCAGGCUGUAUGGAAUGUUUGAGCGACAUCAAAGGCAAGAAAGGUACUUGUCCAGUUUGCCGGGCUAAGUUGACUCAAGUUAUAAAGCUGUAUUCAGUUUGAAACCGAUCUUCAACAAAUGGGUUUUGCUUAUUGACCAUUUGAGUUAGUUAGUACGCCCAAGAUUUUGGCACCCAAAAUGAAACGAUGGAUGGCCAGUCAGUCUAGGCGUGAGGGGAACAUGUUGAACUGAAACGACCUGAUGGUGAAAAACAAAAUGCAGAGGCUCACCCAUUGUGGUGUUUUUCAUUUUUCCAUUGCAGGUUGUAAGUAAUGUCUUCACUGUGCUAUGUACGUAUACCCUUUUCCAUAUUACAUAAGGGUCGUUUGGAGAAAUACAAAAAUCUAGACUUAAAAAUAUUUAAUAGAAAUUUAUGCUUUUU